AUGAUAAAAUUCACCAAAUGUGAUGUAGCUGCUUCAAUAAUUGCCGUCAUUUCUCUAACUAUCUCUAUUGUCACACUAUCGAUAUUUCCCAGUUUCUACUCCAAGAUGGUUGUUGAGAAUCUGCAAAUGUCUCAACAUGAGGAUGGGAGCCCUACUUUUUCUACAUUUAUGUAUGCAAAUCCGCCGAUGAAAAAUAUUAUGAAAUUCUUCUUCUUUAACAUAACAAAUCCGGAUGAGAUGAUCUACUUCAGUGCUAAACCUCGCCUAGUCGAAACACUAGCAUAUACAGUCAUAGAGACCGAGCACAAACGUUAUUUGAAGUUCAGUGAGGAUAAAGAAAAGCUUUUCUAUCAAAACUAUAAAAGAUUCACCAUAAGCAAAGAAUAUUCAUGUCAGCAGUGCUCUUGGGACGAUAUUGUCACAAUUCCGAAUCCAACAGGCAUCGGUGCUGCGGGAGCAAUUUACGACCCGCAGUAUGCAAUCACCCCUGUGGCGCAAAAGAUACUCGCUUUUGGACUGCUUUUGGUCGGGGAAUACCCAUUCAUAUCUCAUACUGUCAAAGAAGUAUUAUUCGAUGGUUACAAUGACGCCCUUUUAGACAUUGGUCAUUCUAAGUUUCUAGCCUUUAUAAGUGGGAUUGUGAAUGGAGGAAAAAGCAUUCUUCCGAUUCCCAUUCCUGAUAUGCCGUUGCUAGGGUACUUUCAAGGGUAUAAUAAUAGUCGCGACGAGGAGUAUUGGGUAAAAACGGGGAAGUCGGAGAUAAAUGAGAUCGGCAAUAUUCUCACCUGGGGAAAUCACUCAUUACUGCCUGAUUACUGGUGGACAACAGAGUAUGCAAGAAGCAUUCGAGGCUCCGAUUCUGGAAGUUUCUGCAAAAUGAACCUGGACAAAACCGAUAGACUUCCUUUCUUCCAAUCGUACAUGUGCCGAUCAUUCACGAAGAUAUUUCUGAACGAAACCAUUGUGCAUAAUAUUCCGUCAUAUAUGUUCGCAGUUCCAUAUGAAGAUUAUGACACCACAUCCGACUUAAACGCUGGCUUUCGGUACAGGAAUGUUGAAAAGGUCAAUUAUUAUCCAGACUGGCCUUUAUGCCCAGGACGAAACCACAGCCUUUGUAUUGAUGGCCAGCAACUCGAUUGCUCUCUACAGGAAAAUCUCUGCCAUGCUUGUUGCAACGGGAGCUUUGUUAAUGGAACGUACCUACUUCCACCUGGAAUGUACCCAAUGGUCUGCUAUCCGGGUCGAUUGCAACCUACUCCGUUUGCGGUAAUGUAUUCACCACCACAUUUUCUCUAUUCACCACAAACGGUGAUCGACUCCGUAGUAGGACUCAACCCGAAUAACGAGACACAUUCACCUAUGAUCUACUCUCACGAACCCUAUUCUGGGACAAUCACUGGUGUCUUCUACCGACUAAUGGUCUCGAUGCCAACAAUGCCAAUCAAAUCCACACCACAAAACGCGCAUCUUCCCAAGUCAAUAAUUCCAAUCUUCUGGCAAAGCUCGGAUGCCAAAUUGUACGACUACACUUACAGAAAAUUAUGGUUGGGAUUUGUGUUCGUGCCGAAAUUUGUUAUGUUUUUGGAAUAUUUCCUACUUACGCUUGGGAUUUUCAUGCUCAUAUUUGUUGCCACAUGCCAAUUCCUAAGAAGACGAAGCACAAAACUUAUAACCCCUAAAAACAUUGUUGCCUUUUGA